UUGAAGCACAUCCAAGAAAAAAAAAAAUAAAAAAGCACUAAUAUUAAACUUAACAAAUGCCACUAAGCGGUUUUUAUCAGUUGCUGUGGACUGGACUCCGAGUAGUGUUUCUGUCUCUCUGGUAUCUUCGAUGGAGAAACGGCCACCACCAGAAACCAUACAAAUACGACUGCUCUGCCCUUCCGCAAAAACCGGCGCCCUCAUUGGCAAAGGCGGCUCCGUAAUUCGCCAACUCCAGUCUCUAACUUCCACCAAAAUCCGCAUCCUCGACGACCCUUUCGACGAACGCAUCAUCCAAAUCGUCGCCGAUAGCAGAACUUUGAUUACCAGCAACGCUGAUAACCCCAACGCCAAUGCAGAGCCAAACCAGGAUUCUAGCGACGAUGGCUGCAAUUCUUCUUCGGGUGGAGGAGGAGGUGCUGUGGAAGAGGAAACGACGUCGUCGUGGUCGCCCUUACAGAAGGCGGCGGUUAGGGUUUUCGAGAGAAUAGUCAAAGGGGAUGCCGCUGAUGAUAAAGAUAAAGAAAAAGAAAAAGAAAGCGAAAACUUGGUGGUUUGUUGUAGAAUGUUGCUGGGGUUUAAUCAGGCUGGGUGUUUAUUGGGGAGAGGGGGUAGGGUUUUGGAGAAGAUUGGGCAAGAAAAUGGGACUCAAAUUAGGGUGUUGACUAGGGAUCAGGUUCCACCAUUUGCUGCUCCAGGGGAUGAGUUGCUUCAGAUAACAGGAAACUUCUUAGCUGUAAAGAAAGCACUCUUUUCUAUUUCGAGUUGUCUUCAAGAAAUGCAUUCCCAGGUGGACCCAUAUCCUCCAUGGGGUUAUACAUCUGGACUUCAUGCUGCGGAUUAUCAUUCAAGGGGUUAUCCUUCUAAUCCAGGGCAUGAGAAUGCUGUAGUCCAUAACAGAGUAGGAUUAGAAGAGGAAGUUGUAUUUAAGUUGUUAUGCCAAGUUGACAAGGUUGGUAGUUUGAUAGGGAAAGGUGGCUCUGUAAUACGGGCACUGCAGUGUGAAACUGGUGCAUCAAUCAAGAUUGCUGAUAAUUCUCAUGAUUCAGAUGAGCGAAUUGUGGUGAUAUCUGCAAGAGAGCAUGCAGAGCAAAGAUAUUCUCCGGCACAGGAUGCUGUUAUUCGAGUGCAUUCUAGAAUUGCCGAGAUUGGAUUUGAACCUGGUGCUGCAAUUGUUGCUCGUCUUCUUGUACAUUCCCAACAGAUUGGUUGUUUGUUGGGUAAAGGAGGUCACAUUGUGACUGAAAUGAGAAGAGCUACUGGUGCUAGUAUAAGGGUAUUUCCAAAAGAACAACUCACGAAGUGUGUUGGAUCUCAGAAUGAUGAAGUUGUGCAGGUUAUCGGUAGUUUGCAAUCAGUGCAGGAUGCAUUGUUUCAUAUAACGGGCAGGCUUCGGGAGUCUAUAUUCCCAAUGAAACCUCCCUUUCCAGGCAUUAAUCCUCCUCCCUACUUACCUCCUUUUCCAGAAAUGCCACCUCCAUCAUUCAGGCCAAGACAUAACCCUGCCUCUCCAGGUCCCUAUCCUUCUCCAGGUGGAUCUUUUCACGGCAUUGACCGUUCUGUUGUUCCUUCCCAACCACUUGAUCACCAACCAUCAUUUUCACAUGGCAUGGAUCAUGUGGGUCCAUCUAACUUAGACAGAGUCCCAUAUCCCUAUGGUGGUGAGAGACCUGGACAUGGUCCCAUGUUUGACAGGCCAUCAUCUCCAGGAUCAUGGACUCCUCAGGCUGCUACCUCUGGGAACCCUAGGGGAAUCUCUGAUGUUGGUUCUGGCUUUGCUGCAAGAAAUGGACCUCCUGGAAGUGGAAAUCAAGCACCCGUUUUGACUAGCACAAAGGUUGAGAUCGUGAUUCCUCAAAUAUACUUGUGCCAUGUUUAUGGGGAGAGUAAUGGUAACCUGGGCCACAUCAGGCAGAUCUCUGGAGCAAAUUUGGUUAUUCAUGACCCAAAGCCUGGGGCAGCCGAGGGUGUAGUCGUAGUGUCUGGAACAUCAGAUCAAUUGCGCACUGCACAGAGCCUUAUUCAAGCCUUUAUCCUCUGUGGACAAACAGCAGCUUGACUAUCUAUGCUUGUAUGUUGUAAAUUUCUCUUCAAGAGUAUGUGGUUUUUUGUUUCCUUUUUGGGAUAGGUUUCUUUGCUAGAGGUUGCUUGUCCAUUCAUAAAUGAAAUGGGAGAAGCAUUUUUUUGCAUUGAGGGUUAAAAUUAGGUUUUCUCGAAAUGUAAGUUUCAGUGUAUAAAGAUCAAUUAUUGACUCAGUUGAAAAUUCAAAAUUUUGGUUUAGAGCAGGCCCCUAGCAGGACCUGCUUGGAGGUUGGAACUUUGCUUAUCCGCAAACCUUGCUUAUAUAAUGAUUAUGUACAUUUCCGAA